CACAAGAAUUUGCUGAUGAUCUGGAUGAGUAAGAGAGGUUAUAGCUACAGUUAGACUGUGGGAGUAUGUUACAUUGAAUGAAAGCUCUCUGAAAGAUCUAUACUAUAGAGAAACGCAGUAGAAAAAACAUCUAUUAUUUAUUGUGAUGUUUGCAUAUAUACCACUCUUAAUCAUUUGAUGUCAGAAGUUACAUGGGUGGCCUUCACAAACAAAGUGCAUGCUUUUAUAUUAGCCAACUUAUUAGAAUUUCAACAACAGUUUUGUUUCUGUUUUCAAACAGUUAGUUGUGUGGAUGGUAUGUUUUGAAAUCCAACUACCAAUGGCAGAAAAGUAUUCAACAUCAUCGAGCCCUGAUGAAGACCAAUCAGCAGGCGAGGAAUUUGAUCCGAAACAGAUAUUGACAUGGCAGGAUUUGAACGGUUUGACGCCGUUUCCAGACUCACACAGCGCCAUGGGAGAUGUGUUCCCUGGUGACAGACCCAUUUCUUCAAUAUUGGGAGAGCACCCAGGGGAACUAGUGAGAACCGGCAGCCCAAACUUUGUGUGCUCUGUCCUACCGUCACAUUGGAGAUCAAACAAAACUUUACCUGUGGCUUUUAAAGUUGUUUCUCUCGGAGAUGUAAAAGACGGGACCAAAGUUAUCAUACGUGCUGGAAAUGACGAAAACUUCUGUGGAGAAAUAAGGAAUUAUACAGCAUACAUGAAAAAUCGUGUAGCUAAAUUCAACGACUUGAGAUUUGUUGGUCGUAGUGGUAGAGGAAAAACAUUUACCCUUACAAUAACAGUUUCAUCAAAUCCACCUCAAAUAGCCUCCUAUAACAAGGCCAUUAAAGUGACAGUUGAUGGACCCAGAGAACCGAGAUGUAAAACAAGUAAGGAUGGAUUUAAUUUUCCAAUUGGUAUACUGAAACAUUUCUCCAAGGAAUUAAUUCACACAGAGGAUCGUCGCCUGCCACUCAGACCUGGACCUUUAGAUCUAAACAUUCCCAGAACUACUCUAUCAGAUCCAUUAGCAGACAGACGGUUUUUGCAUUUGGCAGAACUUGAAUUAUUGCGCCGUGAAACAACCCAAGCUUCAGAAAUCCAAACACUUUCUCGUUCAGAAUCAAAUGGAAUUCGUUCAGAUAAACAUCAAGAGAGCAGCCGGAGUCAUUGGUUUGAUACUAUACCACAGUCAACAAAAGACAGCCAUUAUUCACAGAUUUUAACAUCACAUAGUCAAUCCCAACCUAUAAGAGUCACUCCAUUACAAGCUCGUCCAUCAAAUAUAGAAUCUCGAGAUCAUGAAGCAAGAUUGUCUUCAAUUCCAGUUACAGAUAUACAAUCAGCCAUAUCCUCAUCUAUCUUACAUGCUGAGAGACGAUUACCACUCGUACCUGAAUGUACCAGGCCAGAGUAUUCAUCCCUUCAUGUAGAACCCCGAUUAUCACAGUCCCACAUACCACUAGUCCUCCCAUCACAAUAUUCAUCUACCACAGAUGUUCGUCUGAGUGAUCCCAGAAUGAACGACUCCAUUUAUGAUACCAGACCAUUAUUUGUUCCACCACAAACACUUCCGUAUACUGCCAGUAGUUCCAACUUAUCUAUUUUAGAAGAAAGUCGUGCAAUCUCAACACUAUCACUACCAAUGACACAUGGAAGUUAUCCCAACAUCUCACCUCAUGAUUUCUUCAGUCGAAUCAGUCCACCAAGUGGAUUAUCAGCAUCAUAUCUAGCUAGUCCGCCACCGAGAGUUUUACCGCCAACAUUCUUAUAUCCUCAUCUUUAUGCUUCAAACUCCUCCCAGUACCAAACACGUUUAUAUCUACCAACUGGUGAAGUGAGAACUUAUGAAGUAUUAGGUCAGAGGUCAUCUGAUGGUCCUACUCGAGUAGAGAAGCCUGUCCCUGUAUCUCCCACAGCCAGGCUAGCACUGGAGGGACCAUCUUCACUUCAUAUCAGAGAGGAAGAAAUGAUGGAAGAAGGAACAUCAUCAUCUGAUUCAUCUAGAGAUGUCAUCAUACCAAGACCAAGUCAGAGAUCUUCAUCAAAAUCUCCGCCUAGAAGAAUACAUGACCCAGAACAUAGUUCUGUAUGGCGACCAUAUUAAAAAGCCACUUACCAAAGAUUUCCCCUGGCUACGUUCUGCUCAGUGUUAUUUUUAAAUGCUAAGAUACUCUGGUUGGAUUGAACCUUUUCUUCAAAAGGUUGACAGAGGAGCGACUCAAUUGAGGAUAUAAAUAAUAAUUGUUAUGAUUUUACAAAAGUGCUAAUUGAGGAUGCUACUGUGAAGCAUUAGAAUGUUGUUAUAAAAUGGUGACAACAGCAAACCUGAUCAGAAAGAUGUUUGUUGACAAGAACUCUAAAAAGAUUGUUUGAAUUCUUGACAUUGUGUAAUCAAAAUUGUCAGUAGAGGAGAAAAACCAUGAUAGGACUAGUGCAUUCAAAAUGUGUGUCAUGAGUUUUUGUAGGGUGACAAAAUAAUGUUGUGUUUAUGACUGAUGUUAUAUCAAGAAAGUUCAAGUAAUUUUAAGUUAUAGUGCUCAAUAAAUGGGUAUCAAAUACUCAUUGAGACAUACACAUCCAUUGUGUUACAUGUAUUUCUUUGUUCUUUAUCAUAUAAUCCAUCUAGUUGACGUGUUAAAAUAUUGUUUUACGAAAUUAUUUAGUCCUAUUCGUAAUAAUGCCUUAGAUUUGAACUUUACAAUAUGUUUUCUUUUCAAGGAUAAUUUAUCAUUGUCAAUGUUUUAGAAAAUUUAGCAUGAUUUAAAUUUAAAUCAGUAAUCUUUUUAAAAUUGUUUGUUAUAUUAUUGAAUAUUUUUCUUUUUAGAUUUAUUGAAGACUGUGUAAGGUUGUGUUGAAGCUAUAUCAAAAUUAAACCUAACCUUUUUGUUGCCUUUUCAUUAUUUAUGUAGCAAAUUAAUACCAACGUAAGACGUCAUAAGUAAUAAAAAUGAAGUAAAUAUUGUAACUAAAGUAAUAUUUUAUUACAUAGACAAUCUUUUUAUUUUUAAGACAGAAAGUAAAAUCAUUUUUUGACAGACAUUUUUAUUAAAUGUUCAAAGGAUAUACUCAGUGGAGUGACUGCUAUGACAAUUAUCAUCAUUCUAAUGUUAUUCCCUGGGAAAAAUAUUUUCAUUCACAAUUUACAUCAAUUAAAUAACUUUUUACAAAUAAUUUGUUCACUAUGCUAUAGUGUAUUUUUUCGUAUUUAUAUUUUUAAUGUUUUUGCACUUAAAAGCUUCUUGUUUUUAAUACAGAAUUUCCAUGUUUAAUUUAUCAUCAUACCUAUUUAAUAAAUACCAAAGAUGUAUGAUGAGAUCAUUAAUUUUAUGUGCCAUUUAUUUAUACUUGUCAGUAAUGGUUGUAGGGAGUGUACUGUAGAAAUGACUAAACUAAAUCGUGGAUAGAUUUACUAUUUUACUUUAUAGGCUUGUAUACCAGGUACUUUAAAAAGAAAGGGACUGAAUACUCCUUAUAAUUAACUAUGUGAGUAAUAAUGAGUAAGAAUCUGUUUACCAAUCUGUGGGUGGACUGAAAAAUUUAACACUUCUAUUUGCAGCAGGGGUAGACAUUUAUUUAUUUACAUGCACAAGUCUUACUGCAGUAUUAUAUAGAGGCGAGUACAUCUUUGGUAGUGUAAGUUUAUCACACAUCAUGUUGUACAGAAAUGAACUUAUUUUGACAUAUAUGGCCACACUUGAAAGUUUCUUAAUAAAUAGUACAUUUAUUUGAAUUUUGACCAAAUAUGUUUGCAUUUUGUAUGUUGUUUGUGAUCCCUUUUUUUAAAAAAAAAGAAAUGGUGAAGGCUUCUCAGAUUGUAUUCCGAAUGUUUUAGUGUAAUACUGUGAGAGUAGGAUAGAUUUUAUGACUAGAAUGGAAUGGUUUAAAUGAUAAAGCACACAGCAAUGCAAGUAAGAAUAAGGUAUUAACUCUGGUUCAUUCCUUUUCUGUGUUUUGUGCAUAUAUGAUGAUUAUUAUUAUUAUAUGUAUUUGGAACAAUUUUUUGUCCAUUUUGACAGAAGUGAUAUUUUUCUACAAUUUUAUGUAUAUUUUUAUAAAUAGUAAGUUUGUGACUUGUUGGGCUCAGCCCAGUCAAAGAAAUGGUGAUGUUUUAAGAAGUAUUAAAAAGGUUAUCUAUGCCAAUAAGUGGUUUUAAUAUAGAAGGCUUCCAAGGGAGAUGUUUUAAAGAUGCAACACUUACGUGUGAUGACGGCUUUAAUUUAUAUGAUGCUUUAAUAUUAUAAGGCAUUUAGUUGUGUGUGUUUUGUUUUAGAGGAUACUAAAAUUAUAUUAUUACACUUAAAGUGAAUCCAUACAUUGUUUUGGAUCAAAGAUUUAUGUCCAUUUUUUGUCCUGUACCCAAGUUUAUUUAAUUCCUUCAUGGUUGUCACAUAUAUUAAUAAUAAUUUAUUAUAUUUCAAGACUAUCCCUGUAAGGAAAUCAACUUUACAUCUCAUAAAUAAUCAUAAGACCAAAUGAACUUUCGUUAACUAAACUUAUAGCCUUAUCUUGUUUAAAUGGCCACUAAAUUGUACAUUUGUACCUAUUCUCUUUAUUUGAAAUAAAAUAAAAAAUAAAUUCAUCUUUU